UCAGGGUUUUGACUUCUAUUCCAUUUCUAUAUACUACUAGUAUUUCUUAAAUUUUGAGUAAUAAUGAAUUUAGAGGAUGAAGUGGUGUCAGGAAUGGAGACUGAGAGUUACUCUUCAGUGAAAUUAAAGUGUCAGAAUGCUUUGAAUAAGACAAGGAGUGGAAAACAUCAAGUAGCCUUGAAUUUAAUGAAGGAUUUGCCGGCGAAACACGCGGAUGAUCGUGCAAGUUUAGCGUUGAUAUAUCGAGUGAACGGGACUAUGUCUGUUGAGUUCGCAAAGACUAUGGAUGAUCCGAAUGAUAAACAGAGCUGUUUGAAGAAUGGGCUUGUGUGGGCAAAAAAGGCGGCGGAGUCAUCUCCGUGUUCGGUUGAGUUUGCGUGUUUCUAUGCGAGUUUAUUGUAUGAGACAGCGACUAAAGUGAAGGAGUAUGAGGAGACGAUUCGUGAGUGUGAUCGGGCGUUAGCGAUCAAGGAUCCGAUUGAUCCUGGGAAGGAAAGUCUGAAAAAGGAGACUGAUCAGUUGAAACCGGAAGGGAGAAUAAUUGAGGAUGUGCGUAACGAGUUAAGCGCGUUACGUGAGAAGGCUAAUACGGAGCUAAGAAUUAAGAAAGAAGAACGAAAGAAACAGAAACAAAAAACACCGGCAACUUCACUCUCUACGGGCAGGAAAAAGUCAACGGUCGCUACUAGCUCCAGACCGGCCGUUAACAGUGACGAUAAGGUUAGUUCACCAUCUACGGAACUUAAUUUGAGUAAUAUUAUGAGGUUGAAUGAUUUGAAUUCAAAGAAUGAUGUACAAGAGAAAUUAGAUCCAGAAAGUAUUGAAGUGAUGUUAGGUAUGGAAUCCCCUAGUUACCUUGCUGUGAAAUCAGAGUGUAAGGAGGCUUUAAAGUUUAAGCGUGGAAAUUUUCAUAAAGCGAUCAAGUUAAUGAAUGAUUUGGGUGCGAGAAUCGAAGAUGAUCGUGCGAGUUUAGCGUUGAUAUGUCGAGUGCAAGGGACUGUUUUGAGUCAAAUUACAGUUGAUCUGACUAGUAUACAUUGGAAAAAUGCGGCUGAAUUUGCAAAAAAGGCGACGGUGUUGUCACCUUGCUCUGUUGAGUUUGGGUAUUUUUAUGCGAAUUUAUUGUAUGAGAUGGCGACUGAAGAAAAGGAGUUUGAGGAGUCGGUGCGUGAGUGUGAUCGUGCCUUAGCGAUUAAGAAUCCUAUUGAUCCUGGUAAGGAGAUUUUCCAGGAGGUGACUGGGUAUAACAUUUCUACACCAGAAGGAAGGAUUGAGCAUGUGCGUAAUAAGCUACGGGGGGUACGUGAUACAAUUGAUAGACUUUAUCUAAAGAAGAAGAAGAUUGAAGCUGAAGUGGCUGGACUAAACGAAAGCAGUACUGGCUUACUUGAUGCAGGAAUGGCGAGUUUCUUCCCUCCCUACAGGAAUUUUUGGGAGUACGUUCAAGAUUCGAGAUAUUAAUGGAUCGGAGCAAUACCCGGGCUUGAUUGAAGAUGUUUGAAUUAUUUUGGAUAUCUGUACGAACAUGUUGAUGAAUUGAACAAUAUUGUUUUACUAUGUGUUUUGGAGUGUUUUUUUUUGAAUAUUUUCAAGCUUAAUGUAAUAUGUGUAUUAGUGUAUAAGCAUUUUAUGCCAGCCUUACAUUUUGAAUAUUUUUCAUGGCUAUAGUGUUUUAUGAGACAUCCAAGCAUAGUAAGUUUUAAGCA